AUGGGUGAGUCAAUCUGUGAGAUGACCAUGAAGUUCGCAAAACCAAAGAAGUUUGAAGGCGUCGACUUCAGGCUCUGGAAGAAGAAUAUGCACUUCAUGCUGACCACUCUGAUGGCAACAUACAUGCUAACUACUCUAAGACCAUUUGAACUGGAGGAAGGUGUUGAUGAGACACUUGAAGAAUAUAGGAAGAGGCAAAAGUGGGACAACGACGACUACAUCUGCAAAGUUCACAUCUUGAACGGUAUACCUGAUGCUCUAUUUGAUAUCCAUGGUGAUGCUUUAUCUUCUAAGGAAUUGUGGGACAUCGUUGAAUUGAAAUACAUCACUAAGAACGCUUCUAGCAAAAAGUUUCUAGUUAGUGAUUUUAAUAAAUUUAAGAUGGUCGAUUUACGGUGUGUAACUGAACAACAAAAUGAGCUCCUUGGUAUUUAUGAUCAAUUUAAACUUCACAACAAGAAUAUAGAUGAAUCCAUUGCUGUGUCAAGUGUAAUUGACAAACUUCCACCAUCUUGGAAGGUUUUAAAACAUAACCUAAAACAUCAAAAGCAGGAACUGUCAUUGGUUCAACUUGCUAGUCGUAUUCGUAUUGAAGAAUCUCUUCAUACGAAGGAAGUUGAUAAAUCUGAUAAAAGCAAAGGGAAAGAUGAUUGUGGAAAACCUUCUGUUCAUACGGUUGAAAAUAAAGCUAGGAACCUGACCCAUAAAGCACAUGGCAAACGUAAGCAAUAA